GAGUAUAGCGGGUCACAUGUGCACCUCUUCUCCCAUCAUGUGUCGUGCUCUCACGUUAUUUAAACCAGUGAAACUGCGAAAAUGAAACACUGUACAAGAUGAUACAGUUAACAUGGAGUGCUGUCACUCUCAUGUACCUGUUCGUUUCCAAUGGCGCAUGUGCCCGGAAUGUGUCACUGAAAUGCGUGGACGACACAAUGGGGUUCCUGAUGGAAUUACAGAAGGAGACUCCAAGCAAAUUUGCUGUUAUAAUGUAUGAUGCGUUUGGUAAGAUAGGCAGUGAUGUAGAAGGAGGAAAUGUGAAUCGUCCCGGAUCUCUCAGAGAGUGUCUGUCUGUGGAGGGACCGGGGUUUAGAGGACAGUAUUGCCAGGUCUUUCUCAAACAGGACAAGGUGGAGUAUUUUGUGGGUGUUUGCGUUCCAGACUCUUGUACAGAUUCUGAAGUGCAGACAUUAGUUAUUCAUGAAGCGUUUCAGAAGCAACAAAUGUCUUUGCUUCCCUCUGUGCCUUCCAUUUUAAUUCCGGAUUCCACAUUGGGCAUAUUUAUGACUCAAUGCCACAGUGAUUCGCCCAAUAUAGACCUGUCUGCUAUAGUCUGUCUGUCUGUGUGCUGUGCAUUAUUGGCUCUUCCUCUCAUAGCUUCCAUCUUUGUGGCAUUGAUAAAAAGGAAGCAAAUGAGAGAGGUGGCGCCAGUGGUGGGAUUAGCUCAAACCUCCAACUCAAAACAAUACGGCACUGUCUUGACUAAUGGCUCAGCCAAUCAGAAUAAAGAAUGCAGUCCCGACCUAGACACCACACAGACAAAGACUCAGAAUGCAGAAAGCAAGCAGCAGAGCCUCUCAAAGACUGUGGUAUCAUGGCUUCAGGGAUUCUCAGUGCAGAACUGCAGUCAGGGUUUGCUGGAUACAGAAGGCUCUGGAAGGAGUUAUUCGUCUCUGAAUGGCAUCCGUAUCCUCAGCCUGUUCUGGAUCAUCUCAGGCCACACUGUGCACUUCAGUGCCUGGAGCCACCUGGAUAAUGAAAAGAGGUGGAAGGAGAUGGUGGAAAACAAUCCUCUGUAUGUCUUGACCUUCAGUGGGCCUGUGUAUUUAGCGGUGGACUCCUUUCUGGUGCUGGGAGGUCUUCUGAGUGCCAAAUCCUUGCUGGGCACUAUCCGGAGGUCAGAUAACACUCUUAGUGUCGGUCUGGUGGUUAAUUACCUCUUCAAGCGAUUCAAGCGGAUUCAGCCUCUGCACCUCUUCAUUGUGUGCCUGGUCAUCAGCCUCUUCUCUGUGGUUCCGAGAGGAGUUUUCUGGUUCUUUGCGGAGGAUCAGGUCUUAAGCUGUAAGAAAUACUGGUGGUCAAACCUGCUCCUCAUCAAUAACCUCCUCACCAUUACUGACAUUUGUGCACCCUGGACUUGGUACCUUUCCAUUGAUUUCCAGUUUUACGCAACAACACCUUUACUGAUAUUCCUGUACAGAAUGAACAAGUGUGCACUUGUGGUGGUGUCAGUUGUUCUCUUAAUGCUGUCGAGUGUAACAGGAGCCCUGAUCACCAGUUUCCUGCAUCUGCCUGUGCACCAGCCAACCACACUAGCAUACGAAAGCUACUUUCAGUAUUACUACAACAAACCCUACACAAGAUAUGGGCCGUAUCUGCUGGGUGUUCUUGCUGGAAUAUACAUGACAACCAAGAAAGAGGCACUCAUAAAGCACCAGUGGCAGGCAGUGAUUGGCUGGCUCUGCUCGCUGUCAGUCAUGGCUCUGCUAGUGGGAUUGGCUUAUGUGCUGAGAGACGUCCCGCCCCAUCUGUCCAUUCCACACGCCAUUUAUCAGGGGAUCCACCGAUCACUGUGGGCUCUGGCUCUGAUUUGGAUCAUCCUGGCCUGUGAGGAAGGAUAUGGAGGGUUUGUGGACACAUUUCUGUCUUUAAGCCUUUGGGCUCCUCUGUCCAACAUCAGCUUUGCCUGUUAUCUGAUCCAUCCCAUCAUUAUUAUACUGUACAACGGCAAACAGGAGAUAACCAUGCACUACACAGACUUCAACUUUUUCUACCUGUUUCUGGGUCACCUGGUGUUGAGCAUCUUCAUAGGAUAUGUGUUAACUGUGCUGAUUGAAAAGACGUAUCUCUUCCAGCCGAAACGAUAAGUCCUGCUGCGUUCCCUUAGAACUGGAAGCCAGAGGAAAAGAUUAAUAAACAGAUUUAAAUAAAUUUGAGCAAGAUUUACAUACAAUAAAUUUAUUCCCCCAUUUCAUUCUGUAUGACUGUAGAUAACUGUCUGUGAACAUUGUUAGACAGCUUUGGUGUUGUUUUUAGAGUGUGUAAAAUAAACGAUUUAUUCAAGUGCUGAAUUAU